ACCAAAAGAAAAAACGUUAAGUCAGAUCAGGAAGUGUGAUGCUGUUACAGAGCAGGAGGAAGCGUGCUCAGAAUGGCACUGUAUGCCUGCGCUUGAUAACAUGAGAGGCCCCCGGCUGGAGACCCCUGUGCUGUUUCUGCUGCUGCUGCUCAGCAGUCAGACUGGGACAGCUUCGGAAGAAGACGGCACAGGCGAUGAGGUAACAGAAGGUCAAGACGCAGAAGUUACAGUUGAUGACGCAUCUCCGACGAUCACCUCGGAUCCUCCAGGAACAGGUUCUGGUUCAGAGCCACCUGAUGAAGAAUCAUCCCUGCCGACCACCUUGGAUCCUUCAGCAAGCGAUUACCCCUUAGAAACAGGUCCAACAGAUCAGAUAAACAUAGAAGAAGGUCCUGAUCUCCUUCUCAUCCUGAUUCCUGCGGUUCUGGCGGUCGUAAUCAUUGGUGCGAUUGUUGGAGUCGUUAUCAUCAUGCGCUGCCGCAAAGACAACGCACAGAACCAAGAGCCAAGUAAAGAGGAUCUGGAUCUGGAGGGAUCCAGUACAGAGAAGGUGCCGAUGCCAAUGUUUGAAGACGAUGUACCGUCUGUGCUGGAGCUGGAAAUGGAGGAACUGGACCAGUUAAUGCAGAAAGACGGCUAAAUGACGCUCUGAUCAGCAUCGGACUCAUCCCAAAUGACGCUUUGCUUCCAGCUUUGAUGUUUCAAACCUUCUGCAACAGUCUGACGUUUCUUUUCAAUCCAGAGGAGCUCAUUUAGUGUCA